UAUACUUCUUGUACUGUGCCUUCUAAGGCCAACACAUUUAACACGAACAACAAAAAAAUAGGAAGAAAAAAAGUAACAACUUUGUACAAAGAGAAGUAUAUAAUCUAUUUUGGAUAAAAAUGCAUAAUUAAGUACAUGUAAAUUUUAAUUGAAACAAACGAAAAAAUCCAUAAUAAAACAACAAAUCCGAUUAGCUGACAUCAAAUUUAGAAGUGAAACAAAAAUUAUGAACAUUAAAUUAUUCCAAAGAAAAUAUCAUCCUGCUGAAGUAGUGGCCAAAAUAACCUGCACAAUAUUACUAAUCUAUGCUGUGUUACCGCAUCGUUUUGCCUCGCAUUAUGAGUACCUGGAUGUGGAAGAUAUACCGGAAGCCUUAGUUGCUCAAGUAACCACAAAUAUAUCACAACAACACAUGGAAGAGUGUCAGUACGAAGAGAUUCUCAAAGAGAAUACAUAUAUGUUUACACCACACUAUCGGGAAGAGCUGCUAAAUGCGGAGGAGAUUCUAGCGGGUGGUGAAUAUUAUCCCGAGCACUGUCGUGCCCGGUUUAGUACCGCCAUAAUAGUGCCUUAUCGGCAGCGUGAGGAGCAAUUGCAUAAGUUUUUAAUUUACAUGCAUAACUAUUUACGGCAUCAGGAUAUACAUUAUAGAAUAUUUCUGAUAGAGCAGUACGACCAGAAACCCUUUAAUAGGGCAAAACUGUUUAAUAUUGGCUCAAUUAUAGCGGCAGAACAUGAAUUUCCCUGCUUAGUAUUGCAUGAUGUCGAUUUGUUGCCUUUAAAUUUGGGCAGUUUAUAUGCCUGCACCGAUUUACCUCGUCACAUGUGUGCUGCCUUAGAUAUGUGGCGUUUUCAUUUACCCUAUCGUGGCCUCUUUGGUGGUGUCGUUUCGAUACGGACCCAACAGUUUCGCACCAUAAAUGGCAUGUCGAAUAUGUACGAAGGUUGGGGUGGUGAAGAUGAUGAUCUAUUUGAACGUCUAAAGUCACGCCAUAUAAACAUUUGCCGUUUUGCACCACAACUAAAUGAAUACACUAUGCUACGUCAUAAACCUGAGAAGAAAAAUGAAAAUCGUGUAGAACUUUUACGUUCGGGAGCAUUACGUUUCAAUACGGAUGGUUUAAAUUCUUUAGUAUAUACGGAAAAGGGUCGACGUAUUCAUAGUUUAUUUACGCAUAUUUUGGUACAGACAUAAGUUAAACUAAGUGGAUGAAUGGAUGGAUGGUCGACAGGGAGAGAGAUUAACCAUUUAGUAUUUUUGAAAUUAUUGUUAAUUAGGAGGUUAAUUUGUGUGUCGUUGAUGUUUAAAAGGUAAAGUUUAUGAAAAUCUAUGAUUUUGCCGAAAAAAUUUUCUUUUAUAGAAGUUUUAAACUAAUAAUAAGAAUCUGUAGGAUUAGUUUAGACUAUAGUCUAGUCUAUAGGUUAGACUAUUGACCUAUAGACUAGACCAUAUAUAUUUAUAGUUUAGUCUUCAAUCUAGACUAUAAGCUCGUUUAUAGUCCAGACUAUAAUCUAGUCUAAAGUACAGCCUAUAUAUAGUCUAUUCGAUCGAGUAGACUUUAGUCAAGUAGUCGAUAUGGUAUGCUAUAGGUUAGUUUAUAGUCCUGACUAUACUCUACUCUAUAGUCUGAUCUUUGGUCUAAUCUAACUCCAGACAAUAAUCCAGACUAUAUUCUAGUCUAUAGUCCUGACUAUAGACAUUUUCAGACUAAAGUCUGUACUAUAAAAUAGAAUAUAGCAUAGUCAAUAAUCUGACCUAUAGACUAGACCAUAUCUGUUUAUAGUUUAGUCUUCAAUCUAGACUAUAAGCUUGUUUAUAGUCCAGACUAUAGUGUAGUCUAAAGUGAAGCCUAUAUAUAAUCUAGUCGAUCGAGUAGACUUUAGUCAAGUAGUCGAUAUGACAUACUAUAGUUUAGUUUAUUGUCCAGACUAUACUCUCUUCUAAUCUAUGGUCUAUGGUCUAAUCUACACUCCAGACAAUAGUUCAGUUUUUAGUCCAGACAAUACUCUAGUCUAUAGUCCUGACUAUAGACUUUUUCAGUCUAAAGUCCGUACUAUAAACUAGAAUAUAGAACUAGAAAUAGUCUGGCCUACAGACUAGACCAUAUCUGAUUAUAGUUUAGUCUUCAAUCUAGACUAUAAGCUUGUUUAUAGUUCAGACUAUAGUCUAGUCAAAAGAACAGCCUAUAUUUAGUCUAGUCGAUCGAGUAGACUUUAGUAAAGUAGUUUAUAGUUCAGACUAUACUCUACUCUAAAGUUGAAUCUAUGGUCCAGACUCUGGUCUAAUCUAUACUCCAGACAAUAGUCCAGUUUAUGGCCCAGACGAUAUUCUAGUCAAUAGUCCUGACUAUAGACUUGUUCAAACUAUAGUCUGGAUUAUAAACAAGACUAUAGUCUUGAGAAUAUACUAGUCUUGUUUAGUAUAUUGACCAGACUAUAUACCAGAGUAUAUAAAGUCUAGUCUAUAUUCCAAACUACUAGUACAUAGCAUCCAUUCCCCUACAACACUAUUGUUUGCGAUUAAUUUCUAUAUAAAAGCUUAACAUCAUGGCACUAGCUGGGACUCCUUUCAAACUCAAAACAACCAAAUUAACCUAAAAUAAAUAAAUACCUCGUAAGUAUUUCUUUUUUACUAUUAAUUGUAAAAGAAUUUUUUUUGUAAACAUUUUUUAAGCUUAUAAAAACACAACACACCCUACACAAACUCUCUAUCUAGUCUGUGCUUCUUUGUAAAUAGUAAUUUAUUUAAAACAAAAGAAAUUAUUAAUUUACAAUAUUGGUUUUUUAAGAAAAGUGUCCGUUCACAUUAUGUAAAUGUAAUAAAUCUUCCAAUAGUAAUGUUUGAGUGAAACAAAAAUCACUGUAAACCCUUUAAAGA